AUGGGUGUCAUCGAGUUCCCGGUUUGAUCGCAAAAAUUAAGCAGUUUCGUAUUCUUUUUUCUUACAGAAAAUACCGCAAACUGUUAAAAUCUACUCGACAGUAACGCCAGGCACGAGGUUCGUAUUUAAUGGAAAAUGUGAAGAGAAAACAUUUUCAUUUGCUCUUGUAUCCACCUCCAACAUUGCUUUGCUACUGGAGUUCGAUUUAGAAAACGACAAAUUGGUGAGAGCAAAGUCGUUUUUCAAAGGAAUUUGGUCAGCUGAGGUAAACUUGUUUUCACUUAAAUGGUUCAUACUCGAAAAUGUUACAGAAAAUUUCCAAAAAUCCAGUUCGCGCAAACACUGACUUCUUCAUUCAGAUCGUUGUGUCUAGAGAGAAAUUUGAAGUGUGAAAUCUGAAAAUCAUCCGCUCAAAAUAGGCUUUAUAGGUGUUCUCGGACGGGAAUCAUAUUGUCUCCUUGAAACAAACAGUUCCACUAGACGAAGUGAAUGGAAUUCGUCUAAUGGAAACAAUGGAACUUCGCAGAAUAGAAAUGGAUCAACAACAAUAUCAAUAA